UAAAUAUGAAGCUAUUAAUUUUGUCUUUACUCAUCUUCUCAGUUUGAACCAUUUCUUCUGAACAGAGAAUUCUCUCCACAGCUCAAGAGUGUAGCCAAUGCAUUAAUUCUUCUGCCACAAAUUGGUGAAGAGAUAAGGAUAAUGCAGAUAAUGGAUUCUGAUGAAAGGUGAAUGACCCAAGAUCAGAAUGUCAGGAUAGCACAAAUAAAGUAUGCUCUAAUCAUCCAAGCUUUACUAUCUCUUCUGCUAAAUUGCUUUGCCCUUCUGAGGUCGAAUCUUGCAUUAUGAGCACUACAAAUUUCAAAGAGGGCAAAGCUGAGAAGAUCUCUUACAAAAUUCAUAUGCCUCCUAAUGACAAUUGCCAAUUUAAUAUUGAGCCACAUCACAAACAUAUCAAGACUCUCAACAUCAAAAUAGAUAAGAUAGAGAACACAGAUCUCGAAAUAUACACAGAGCAUAAGGAUUUCAAUUAUGAAAUGGUAUCUACAACUAAUACCACUCAAGCUAUCUCACUUAACAAGAAGGUUCAGAGAAUUUAUUUCUUGCUUCAGUCCUCUCAAGAAAGCGUUGAUUUAGAUUUUAGUACAAAGAUUAUUUCUUGCAAUCAUCACGAUGACGACGACGAAUGCGAAGAUGAUACUAUCCUCGAUGAUGUAUUGGAAACCAUAUUGCAUUUUAUUUUAAUAGAUGGAAUCUUAAUGCUUUCCGUCGCUGCAAUACUUCAUUUUACUGGGUUUAAUUCAAAAUUGGUCUGAAUGCGUGUCAAAAUGUUUAACGAAGCCCAAGACCAAAAGAAAAUAACCGAUAUUAAGGCAAUUAAUGACCAAGAAAGAUGUCCUGUCGAAGCUUUCCCUGUCCCUCAACCUGACCUUGAACAUACCAUUUCAGAUAUGGACCCUACCAAACCAUCAACACAACCCCAACCCACAAACACCCCCACUUUGCAAAACCCAGGCUUAGGUACCAUAAAGUCCAUAUUCUUCCAAAAAUCCUAACCCACCACUCAUAUUUCCCACACAAAAAAUCCAAAUUUCAACUUG